AUGGGCGCGUGCAUGAGCAGCAGCAACAAUGAGGAGGGCGAUCAGAAGAAGCGCAGUCAGAUGAUUGACCGCGGUCUGGAGGAGGAUUUGAAGAAGCUGCGGCGAGAAUGCAAGAUACUUCUGCUGGGUAUGUACUCUACAGCGCUUUGGUUGUGGAAGAUCGGGAUUGUCAUGCUAAUGCUGGAGCGCAGGCUCUGGAGAGAGUGGAAAGAGCACCAUUGUCAAACAGAUGAAGAUCAUACACCAGAAUGGCUACAGCGUGGACGAACUGGCGUUGUACCGACAUACUAUCUACAAGAACCUAAUAGACUGUGCCAAGGCCCUCAUGGGAGCCAUGCGGCAAUUCGAGAUCGAGCCCGAGAAUCCAGACAACAGGAGCCUCUGUGACUACAUAAUGGAGUACACAGUCGACCCGGACCCACAACAAGCGUUGGAUCCGAAAGUUGGCGAUGCAAUUGCAAGCGUCUUGAGGGACCCUUGCAUACCGAAGGUGUUCGAUCACCAGAACGAGUUCUAUCUCAUGGACUCAGCGCCCUAGUAUGUCCUUCUCGUCGUGUUCAAGCUUCAAGUGUGUAGCUAACCGUGUGAUCAGCUUCUUUGAUGAGGUCGCGAGAAUAGCGGCAACCGAUUAUAUCCCCACGGAGGCAGACGUGCUGCGAGCCCGAACCAAAACGACUGGUAUCUACGAGACGCGAUUCCAAAUGGGUCAAUUGAGUAUCCAUAUGUUUGACGUCGGGGGCCAAAGGAGCGAGAGGAAGAAGUGGAUCCACUGCUUUGAGAACGUGACUUCAAUAAUAUUCUGCGUCGCGCUUAGCGAGUACGACCAGGUUCUUCUGGAGGAGAGUAGUCAAGUGAGUUGCCGCAGCCAGGAAAACACUUGAGCUGAACUAACAUGAGCAGAAUCGCAUGAUGGAGUCGCUCGUCCUCUUCGAUUCGGUGGUGAACUCUCGGUGGUUCAUGCGAACUUCGAUUAUCCUCUUCCUCAACAAAGUGGAUCUUUUCCGGGCGAAACUCGCGAAGUCGCCGCUAGGGAACUACUUCCCGGACUACUCGGGCGGCAAUGAUGUGAAUCGCGCGGCGAAGUAUCUCUUGUGGCGGUUCAACCAGGUCAAUCGAGCGCACCUGAACUUAUACCCUCAGUAUGACCCACGUCCCUCCUUGCUCCACACGCGACCUUGCUAACAGCCUCAUAGCCUCACUCAAGCCACGGACACGUCCAACAUUCGGCUGGUCUUUGCCGCAGUCAAAGAAACGAUUCUCCAAAAUGCAUUGAAAGACUCGGGCAUAUUAUAG